AGAUCAUGAUUGGGUUAACACGAUCAGUUUCCGAAAAGUCUUGGGUUAAAUAAAAAAUGGUUACCCUAUUGAUAAGACAGGUAACCUAGUUUUUUGGUAAUUUGAAUAUACAAUAUUUGUAGAACUUGGUAAACUUUAUACCUAUAGUAAAUGAAAAAAACUGGCUGAUAAUGGCUCUAUUACACCGGAAAGCUUUUCUGCAAUCAUUAACCCCCUUUAUUCAGUGUAAGAGAUUCAGGGGAAAAGUUAACAUUCAAAGGCCUAAACCACCACACUUUGAGAAAGCAAAAUAUUUAGCUUUAACGCAACCAUGGUUUAUUAAUCCUAAUAAAAAUAAACCGUUAGUAGAAUUGUGUCGAUUAAAUAGAAAAUUGGAAAAGAAAAAAGAUUUCAAUCCUUUAAGAGAUAUUUACGCCAAAGAACUAUAUAAUUCGUUCAAAAAUUCGAAAUUAAUAGUCUUUUAUCAUUUCAACUCUAUGAAAGCAGAUGAAAACUUCAGGAAUUACGCAUUAUUCAAAAAACAAGGAAUGGAAUUGAAGAAAUUUGAAAGAGAGAUGUUAUCAGCUGCUGUUUCAGGAACGCCUUAUGAGACCGUCUUAGAUUUCUAUGUCACAUCAAACAACAUGAUCCUUUUUUGUCCUGAACCAGAAGUUAAUAAAGUAUUGAAAAUAUCAAAAAAAUGUCCACAACUAAUAAUGUUAGCUGGAAUUCUGGAAAACACUUUAAUAAAUAAAGAUGAUCUUAUUAAAUACAGUAAAAUUCCCAAUCUUCAAAUAGCUCAAGCAGAACUAGUACAAACUGUGAACAGAGUUGGUUCUCAAUUAGUUAGUGACUUGAAUUCACAUCAAUCUAGUUUAGUCUCCAAUUUAGAACAAAGAAUGAAGCAGUUGGAAAUGGAAGAUAAAUAAUGAAAUAUUAUUUUAAAACAAAUUAUAACUUUUUAUAAAUGAGUAAAUAAGAAAGUAAAAAAAUUUAAUAAUGUGUUUUGGU